AUGAAAACAUAUGCCAUUGUUCUGAUAGUCUGUGCUUCAGUUACUGCAAUAGCGAUUCUCUUGUGUUUUCUAUGUAAGUUUAGUCAUAGGAAAACCAAAACCAAACUUCCAGUUCCACCAAUCCGGGCAGCCCGUGACCUUGAAAUAGGUAAAACCACCACCACCACCACUAAAAAAGAUGCCGGAGUAGUUAUUCUCGCCGGAGUUGCAGCCGCUGUAAUUGUUAGCGCCAGUGGUGGCGGUGGUUGCGGUAGUGGUGGAGGAUGUGGCGGUGGUGGGUGUGGUGGUGGCGGUUGUGGAGGCUGA